CUCACUCAUCAUCUUUAUAUAUGCACCCUUCAUUCUCCUUUCCAAGCAUCCCUUAUCACUUAUCAGUCUCAUUUCUCUAUUGCUUUUCUUCUUAAUUUCACCUAAAAGUUUUGAGUUGAUCCCAAGAAAUACUGAUAUAUAAUAGCGGAAAGAGAAAGAGAUGAGUUGCAAUGGAUGCCGAGUUCUUCGAAAGGGAUGCAGUGAGAACUGUAUUUUGAGGCCUUGUUUGCAGUGGAUUGAAAGCUCUGCAGCUCAAGGCCACGCCACCGUAUUUGUAGCCAAGUUCUUCGGCCGCGCUGGCCUCAUGUCCUUCAUCUCUGCGGUGCCGGAAAACCAAAGGCCCGCUGUUUUCCGAUCCUUGCUAUUUGAAGCCGCUGGAAGAACGGUGAACCCUGUGAAUGGUGCAGUCGGGCUUUUAUGGACAGGGAAUUGGCACGUUUGCCAGGAGGCGGUGCAGACCGUCCUUUGUGGUGGCGCGUUGAGGCCAAUCCCGGAGUUUACCAACGGUGAUUCGGUGGACUGUACUGAUAUGUACAAUCUCCAAGAUCCGGGCCUGAAUUCAAGAUCCAAGGUACUAAACCGCCACCGUUUGCCAGAUGAACCUUCCAAGAUUAGUCAAUUAGCUGAUCUUGAUAUCAGUUUAAUGCCUAGUGUUUGGAGCGAGAAAAUUAGAGCUUUGCCGGAGAAACGGCGGCUCGGAAGUCCAAUGAAUUCUGAAGAAUCUGUGACGACUGUUUGUGGAGAUCAGCAGGCAAGUGAACCAAAGCUUCUUAACUUGUUCAAGUAGGUUUGGUUUUUCAUGUUUGGUAUCCUGAAUUUAAAAGGAUUAAAUUUUAAUUUUUAAUAUUGUUUAGUCAUAUAAGUCUUAUGUACCAAACAUGUCACUAUUUUUCUCGGGAUCCGAAUCGAGCAAGUUUUGUAGA